AUGUCUGCUAGCGCUCCUCUAUACUGGCCGACCAGGAUAUUCUUCUAUCCCAUCGGGAACACUGCCGCCGUCUGCCUCACGCAGGACCUCCCGCCUGGGCGGCCGGCUGAUGUGCUUCUCCUUGGGUGUGGUGAUGUGCGGAACGUGCUGUAUACAGUCUAUGCGGAUCUGCCCUCCCCAGCGGGUCCGCGCCAGCUUGAUUUCACCUGCUGCGAUUAUCAGCCAGCCAUACUAGCGCGCAACAUCUUGCUCUAUGUUCUUGUUGUGGAGAACGAGCCUACCGACAGUAUUUGGAAUAUAUAUUACCACUUUUUGUUUGACAAAACGUCCUCGGCCAUCCUCGUCCGUUACUGCGAAGCACUUCUUGCUUGCUCGAAUACUGCUGAGGAAUGGCACCAGAGCAAGUACGGCUCUUGGCUGAAAGUGUUGGAUACCAAUACACUGGCGGAAGUUCGAGAGUACUGGCGCUCGUACGUAAAGUUCCAACACAUCGACUCGAGCAAGGAAGUGCUGUUCCGGAAACAGUUCAAGGAAUUGGGAGUCGACAACAAUGACAAGUAUUCAACCAACUGGGGAGCUUCGCGUUCAGCCGCGCCGUUGGCACUGCAGGCUGUACCCGCGGUGUCGGACCUUUUCUCCCAGUUCUGGAAGACGGGUACGACUUUCCAGAACGCCGACGAGCUGCGCUCCGCAACGCUCAUGAACCCCUCCUUCGUCUACUCCGUGGAUGGCGAGAAGUUUGCACCUCACUACGGCACAUUCCCACUACAAUCCUUCCAUCUCGCCGCCGCGUUCGCUCCCAACCCAUCUCUUUCUGCCCCCGUCGGCUCGACUGAGAGGGUUGUUCACACCGCCAGAGAUGAGUUCAGGACAUGGUGUGCUCGUUUCCGAGGUGUCCUGAGUGCUCAAGGUAAUCCAUCGGUUGUGAUCCGAUUCUAUGCAGGUGAUGCCCUCGCCUUUUGCUCCGGAUUAUCGUACGUCUCGACAACGGGCGAUCAUCUUGCCCCGUUCUACGCAUGUCAAUGGCGCAGCCGUCCAGUCACCCUUGACCAACUCACCGCUACCGACUGUCCCACAUCCUUCGACGUAAUCGAUACGUCAAAUCUGACAGAUCACCUCGGGCUGGUCAACAUCCUGCUCGCUGGCGAACCUCUGCUGAAGAAGCAGCCCAGCCGCAGCUCCAUCAUGUAUACCGAGACUCUGCUGCCACUAGGCGAGAAUGCUGCAACUUCAUUUGUUGACCGGAUAUGCGGAGACCCCCAGGUUAUGGCAGUUUUACUUGGCAUCGUGCCUCGUCCUCUCUUAACUGGUUAUCAAGCCAAUUCGUAUGGUCACGAACUCCUGCACAAUAGCAUCUCCAAAGGUAAACAAUAUCAUGAACGCGUCUCUUGGGUUCGAUCUACGGACGGUGAUGGCCUUGUCGAGGAGCCGAUAUUCACACGUAUUGCCUCCAACGUUGACGAAGUCGCGGGCCUCCUCUUUGACUUAUACGAUAAGAUCCUGGACUUUGAGCACGUCGACCUCGCAGACCUAUCUCGCGUUUUGAGUGGUCGUGGUACUCAAAGAACGGAGGCUGAUUUGGAGGUGCAAGAAAACAUUCUCUACAACCGGAGAACGUUCGCCUCUCUGCUCAAGCAUGUCCAACGUCGGAUUGCAUAUCCGGACAGCGAUUGGGAGAAAGCGGUAGAUCUCUUCAUAAUCAAGAUCCAAAGGGAUGCAAGCCGUAUUGUGGGCAUGAAUUUCAUCCAGGAUCUAUGCCUCCAGCUGCAUAUGCAGGGUGUAUAUAGUACUAACAUGCUGAAACCCGACUGGGCCGACUUUCCUGGAGUGACACCGCCCCCACGAGAGAUCUUCCGACACUGGGAUCUCAUCCCUCCCGUCGUCUAUCUCACAUUGACCGUACCCCAUCGCGCCUUACGCCCGUUUCGUGGGCGGACUCUAAUGACUUCACCUAGGUUGCAAAUACACAUUGACACCGGAGAAGGUCACCAGAAUGCGUUCGCCUCUAUCCACGCUGCACCUGGACGAGUAGAUGCUUCGGUCGACCCUCCAGUCCUGUCGGAGGCAGCGGGUGAUUUCCGUGACGCGCCGUCACUUGUCUUCUCAUGCUGGAUCCCGGCGUGGCUCCUCACCUUCCACCGGUCAAAGCGUAAGAAUCCUACCAUCUCCGCCGAACUUCCCAUCGAGGGGGGAGAAGUGGCCCAUGUCGAACUAAAAUCUUUGGAUAACGUCGCUGUUGGUGUCAACUUGGAAAACAAUCGGAUUUCUACGUUCUGCGGGCGACUGGAUUUCCGUGACGAAGAGGCAAAGGCUGCUCUAUCGCAAGCGGCUGCCGUAUCCGCGGAACAGAUUGGGCCGUGUACCAUGCGAGUGUCGGUUGGAAGAUUUCAGCAUACACUUUCCUAUCCGUUCCCUAUCAUAGGGGAUCAGCGCAAGUUACGCAUUGCAAGGAAAUCUCAUUAUGUGGAGGUUAUAGUGCCUCCUUCAGGCGCACUGGCUCCCCGCGGCUAUCUCAUCAACCCGUUCCCGGUGAUCUCUAGUCCGUCGCUCAGGACAUGGGGCGUACACACAGUCAACCUCGAUAUCCUCCCUGCUCUCCACAUCCAUCCGGGCUACCAGAUGGACUGGCUCAGCGUCCACGCGGCUCUCCAAAUGUCCGACCGCGAGCGUACCAUGCGGGCGACCAAGACCGGCAAGGACGACGCGCUCAUGAACGUCAAGGACUCCAUGCAUGCUCUGCUCAUGCUCUUCACGGGCCUCCAAGGCGGCACUUGCAUCCGCGCAUUCGCUCUCUCCGAGCCCGACGAGGUGGACAUCCACACCCUCCUCUUCGUGGAUAAGCUGCGCCUCGAUCUCGCCGCGUUCACGGUCGUCGCCGACGCAGCAGUCAUCCCGUUGGAAACGAACCUCUUUCCCCACAUUGAGCCGGGUCUGCAGGUCCUCAUGAGACAUGGGCAAGGCAACCUCUCCAAGGUCACCACUGGUAGGGUGGAGGCCGAGGCGUGGCGAAAGAUGCUCCCCGCCGCGGUCGAGCGCUGUCGAACUUGGGCGCACAAACCCACCUGCGAGUACGACGGCCCCUCAGGGUCCUCUGCGCAAACGACAAUCCCGAUCUCGACCGCGCUCGACGGACCGUGCCUCUGUACGUGUGGGCGGGGCGUCACCUUUGACUCGUUCACAAACCUGGAUACGAUGCCCUGGUGGACGCAUCUGCGCCCGUUCGCGACGCGGGCUGCGCUAGGCCCGCUGUUCGCCGUGUCCUACGUGGAGCCGGUGGCUUCGUCCAUGCAGGAGGCUGGCAAGCACGCGUACGCGCAGACCUGCGAUGCGUGCGGUGGAUCCGGAACACCAAAGUUGCUCGUCUGCGGCCGGUGCAAGGCGGCAAAGUACUGCUCCGCUGCCUGCCAGAAAGCGGAUUGGAAAAAGCGGCACAAGCAGGAGUGCAAAGCGUGA